AUGUGUUUUUCUCUUUUCCAGCAACCAAUUAUCGGCAAAGAAAUGGGUCAACGUAGUACCUUCUCGCUCUAUGACGUCGCCAAAAUUAACGCUCUUUAUCAAUGUGACAAUCCACAACUUCCAUCCGCAGGCACCAAACGUCCUCCUCAGAUUACUGGAGGACAAAUUGUUCCAACAAGACCCCCCUUUAAGCCAUCAGUGCCUCGUCCAACUUCUGGUAGAUUUCCCGUUGGGCCUUCAGGACCUCCAGGACCUUUCCCCUAUCCCCCUUCUGGUCCCUUUCCUCCAUCUGGUGGUCCUCCUCCGCCAUUUUUCCCAUCUGGAGGUCCUCCUCCGCCAAUUUCUGGUCCUGGCUUACCUCCGCCGCCAUUCCCUCCAUCGGGACCUUAUCCAUAUCCUCCGCCGCCUCCGCCAUUCGGUCCAAGCGGGCCAUUCCCCUACGACGAAACGCAUCACUGA